AUGGUUGGUGGUGCAUGGCCGUUCUUAGUUGGUGGAGUGAUCUGUCUGGUUAAUUCCGUUAACGAGCGAGACCUGGGCGUGCUAGCUAGGCGCCAGUACCGUUUUUUGGUACUGAGGCUUGCGUUCGUAGGGGGCGUGGACGUGACGAAGCGCGAGGAUGCAGAGUCUGCACUGCAGACCGACCGGUGA